AUGGGAAAUAGUGGUCUGUCAUCGUUAUACUUUUGGUAUAAAGUUGAUUUCACUCGUGAAACCCCAAAUGAUUUUUAUUUAAGUGGUGAUCAUGUUCAAGGUAUUAAUAAAAUAACAGCAAAUUAUAAUUAUAAUGAUUUUGACUUUAAAUACGGUCCAUUGAAUGUUGAACUGAUUGGUGAAAUUCACGAUUUCACAUCAGAUAAAGACAUAUUCGUGAAUGGUCUUCGAAGUUGCAGAUGGUCAUUCGAUAUUAUAUUAGAUUUAUUUCUUCCGCCAUCAUUACCACCUGAUGAUGAUUGUGAUCCAUGUAUUUGUUAUUAUGCUCGUGUUUAUCUUAAUCGUGCUCAUAAUGACGAUUUUCCGAGAAAACUUUCUGUUCUCAUAUUUACUCGAACUCCAAUAUCAUCUGUUACUCAAUAA